CUGUGUUACAAAAAAACAAAAAAAAAAAAAGAGAGAGAAAGGUUGUUCCUCUUUUUUUUCUUCAUCUCCAGAUGUCACAUUUGGUUUGCGGUAAAGAAGAAAAGAAAAAGUUUUUGAUUCAUUCUCCUGAAUCCUGAUGAUGGCUUUUUUGAAUUCUGUGUUGAGACAUUGUAGCCUCCUCUACAUUUUGUUUCUCUCCCUAUCUUUGUGUUUCCUCCUCGUCAAAUCACAAGAAACGUCUCUCUUCACAGAAUCUCCUCCUCCACCUCCACCUCCACCUCCACCUCCACCACCACCACCUCCGCCACCACCUCCUCCAAUACCACCACCUCCUCCUCCUCCAAUACUGUCACCACUGCCUUCAGCACCUCCUCCACUUGACAAUGAGACAGAUAUUUUACCACCUCCUCCAGUAGCAGAGAUAAUUGCGCCUCUGUCUUCACCUGCUCCUCAACCGCAGCCGAGUUCAGAACCACUCCCACCACCUGCUCCUCAACCGCAGCCACAGGGGCCGAGUUCAGAACCCCUUCCACGGCCUCCUGAGCCACAGCAGUUUAAAUCACCGGAGGAACCGAAAAGAGGUGGAUUAAACAAAGGGGAGAUGGUAGGACUAGUCUUUGCAGGGUUAGUAGCAAUGUUGCAGGUCUUGGUUGUUGCCUUCUUGGUUCUCAAAAGAAGGCAACUUCUUAGGCUUAAAGAAACUCAAUAA